AUGUGCCGAUCCUCCGCGCUGUGCUCGGUGCCGGUCCCGCCGCCGCUCCCGGCGGCUUCUCUUCCCUGCGGCUGCGUGAGCCGCCGCUGCUCCCGGCGCCGAGCCCGGCCCCGCUCCCGGCGGCGGAUGCCACCGCCGCCCCUGCGCCCAGAGCUCGGCGGGGGCGCCCGGGGGCAGGGCCGAGGCUGGGGGGCCGCGCCCGGGAGCGGCGGAGGCGGCGGGGGGAGGCCAGAGCCCGCGGGGACCCGGUGCAGCGGGUCCCGGCGCGGGGAGCGGCGAGCAGAGGCGGGUAUGAGGGAGCUGGUGAAAGAAAAGCUGCCGCGGUGGGACGCCUCUGCGGACCGGCUCCCGCGGCUCCCGGCCGGGGCACUGCCAGGGGUGGGCACGGCGGCGACCCGGGGACCGGCGAGCAGGACAGGGCUGGGCUGGGCUGGUCAGGGCGACAGGAGCCGCCGCUCCUGUGGGUGACAACUUUGUGAGCGCGGAAUAACUACCUAACAGUGCCCGUGUCUCAGGAACCACGGGGAUGAGCAGCAUUUGCUUUUUGGAGCGGUCCCACUUCUUCAUAACUACCUUCCUGCGCAGGCACUUUUGUCUUGUGCAGUGCAUUGAAAUGAUUCUCAUUCAGCUUUAGCUGUAGGCUUCUGAAGUAACUAUAAAGCCGUAAUGAGGUGUAAAAUCCUCUGCCCCUCGACUCGGUCACGGUCAGUGGUGCGGUGAAGGGCCACAAGGAAACGGUGGCCUGCCCGCCUGAUGCUGAAGUUCACCCGCGAAAUCCAAGAGGUAUAACACCGUUCUCGUCUUCGAAUCACAGUUUGGAUUGCCGGUGAGGACUUUCAGAGCCUGAUUUUGUAACAUGAUGUGAUACCAAGCUGUUCUUUGGUAGUCGAGUGCAGUCUAGAAAAAGAGUGAGAGAUUUUGGAUAUGUUACCACUUACUAUAUUUAUAAUCUGUACUUCAGAGAAUUUUGAUCAUCUCAAAAAGCAUAACUUUUUCCCAGCCAUGGCCUAUAUCCUUUUUAUUUCCCCGCAUACCUAGAAAAUACAGUUGCAUAUUUAAGUAUUUCUUAAGCUACUUAAUGUGUAACUAUCUUGAAAUGAAUAUAUGAAUAUAUAAAGGCCAUACAUUAUGGAUACUGAUUCUGUUUCUUUGUACUACAGAGUGCACCUUAGAAGGAUUAAAUUAUUAAAUUAUGCCUAUUUACAUCAAUGAUUAAGUAUGCCUGGAACCAUCCUAAUCUUUCAGGUGUGCCCUUUAGACUUGGCUUAAAAGGGAAAAAUACUGAUUAUUGCCUGGAUCAUACCUUCCCAUCAGUAGAAAUUUGCAUAACGAACAAAGAUCAGCACAUAAUUCCCUGACUGUGAAUCUUUUACAAUGAUGCCUUUUCAUACUACUAGGGAAGUUAUUCCAGGAGGAGAGCAAAGAGAGAUGUAAAGCAACAAUAGAGGCCACAUUCCCUCUUAAGUCUGUAGAAACUGAGUGGAAUACACUACAAAUGAAAACCUCCCAAAUCUUUUUCCUUCUAUUCCCAUUGUAGCCAUUACAUUUUUCCCAAGGCUGGCGCAUUCUGGAACAUAUUAAAGUCUGAGAGAAUGACUUCUCCCAUAAAUUGUCAGGCAAUUCAGAAUAAGCAGAAUAUGUGGAGGACUUGUGUUAGAGUAAAGCUCUCCCAGGAGCCCUUCUCACUCCCUGGGACCUGUGGUGAGAUCAUUAGAUAUACAGUGUUCAGUUGCAAUGUGAUAUUUCUGGAGAAACAUGAAAAUGAAUUACUGACUGGCCCCAUACAUUCACAAAGAGUACCAUUUUGAAAAAGUCUUACUUAUCAGGCAAUGAAGGCAUUUGUAAGGCAUUUCACUUUUUCUGUGGCAGCUCUUUCACAUUAUUGGAGAUACACUGGCAAAAUAGUUCAGGCUGAUUUUCUGCUAAGCCAAUUGCAAAGCAAGAGUGUCUUUAACCACCUAUGAUUUCAAACAGUACAGGCUACUUUCUGUCAUUUUCAAGUCAUUUUGCUUCAAACACCAUCCCCCCAAACCCCCCAAGUAAACAAUAACAAUAAAAAAACCUAAAAUAAAACAACCUAUAGUGGUAUAACUAGUAUUCAUUUAUUUUUUCUAUUAGUAGUUUUCAAUAGUCAGCAGAGACCCGUGAUUACUAAACUACAACUCAAGAAUGAACCCAAAAACGCAUGUAUACAACUGGUAUCAAGGAUAAACAAUUAAGUGAAGCAAACUCCGAAGGAGUUGGAUUAAGAAGUGCCUCACUUUGUGAUGUGUCUGAAGAUGCGAUGUGUCACUAAGGAUUUAGAGACCUCAUUUGGAUUCUGGAAUCUUGACUUCCUUUAGAAAUAGGUAGAGAAUCCCGCUUUCUUUCAAAAUAUCGUGUUUCAACUCACCACAUAGCUAUGUUCCUGUCCACAAAACGAGUGAAAGCUUCUUUUCAUGAUAGGCAAUGGAGAAGUAGAAAAUGACUGACAUUCAAGCCAGAAUAUCAUACCCAAAUCCCUGAUGAGUGGUUACAGAAAGUGAUUUCAAACAAUCAGCUUGACUGAAAGUUGAUAUAUACUCAUGAAAAAGGCUCAACAGCAGCAACCCAAAUGCCAUUACCACAGUCUUACUGUGCUGAGCUACAGAAAGUGACAACACAGCUUGUAUAAAAGGAAAUACCAGAUGUUUGUGCAAUUUGCCCUCCUUUCCCUCUACAUUUGUUUUUCUUCUUUUAGUUAUAGUUUUGAAUCAGAAGUCACAUUCUCCACUGAUUCUCCAAUGCCAGUGCACAUUAAUUUCUGUAUGUCUGAACACAGUGAUUGUUACUGGCAUAAUGUUGAUUUCAUGUUUCAGAAGUCCAGAUGCUUGCAAUUUUCCAGAUAUUUGCAAAUUUCUUGAAGUCUAUCAGAAUAUCAAAUGCCUUAGAUUGUGAAAACAUUGUCUCCUCAGUCCUUUGUGUGCAAAUAACAGAUCAAGCAAUACAUAAGACAAAAGGUCUAGAUCCUGGGACCAUUUAAGCAUGGGAUUAGAGAUUGAGUUACUCAUCACUUUCAAGAGUGAGGCGAUUCUGAAUAUUCAGGAUUUUUGUUACUUCAGAAAUCUUCAUGUAAAAAUAUGAACUUUGUUUUCCGAAAGAGUUAGGAGGGUGUCCAACAAGGGUUAAAAUAAUGAAAAUCCAGAGUCAAGAGAAAUGGAACCUUCAGUCUAGCCUAUGUUCUUUGGGGUCUGAGUCCUUCUAUCUUGACACGGAGCAAUGUCUAAGUUUAUUUACAACUUUAGAAGGUGUUAAUAUUUUAAUUUAAUUUCCAUUACAUUUUCUUAUCUAUCUGUAGAAAUUUCGUUUAAAGCUUUUCUUCUCCUACCAAGUCUAGAAUAAUGAUCACACCAUUUAGAAGUUAAAAAGUAAUUGCCUAGUUGCAUUUUUUUCUUAUCUUUCCAUUUAAACCAUUCUCUAUAGUAUUUAGGUAGGAAGUAUACAGUGAUUUAAUAUGGUUUUUUUAGUUAUCUCUCUUUUUAGCUAAUCUAUCAGUAAAUUAGCAGUUGCAAAACUCUAGAGAACCUUCCAUCUUUAUCAGUUUCAGAAUAGUUUCAGCAGGCUCUAGACCUUGGAGAACUGCUGAUUACUAGAAUCGUAUUAAAUCCUAAAAAGCUACAGUGGAUCCUAGCUAUUUGUCCAUGUGUACUUCUAAAAUUAAAAAAUAAAUUAGCUUCCAAUUUAAUUUCCAGGUCCUGGUCUCCAGGCCAUUUGACUCCUCAGGUGGCUGAGUCUGUGCACAGACUCUUUUUUUUAGAGUUCCACUUGUCGUAGGAGUAGUCCUGGGAAGAGGUUUGUUUAUGGAGAAAUCCUGACAGGUAUUUUAAACAUGAUCCCACAAUGUAUGGCAGCCUACAUAUGAAGUCAUCUUUUAGAACCUUAGCCUAUGUGGUGCCUUUCAUGCCAUGCACCUCCAUGCCUUACAUCAGGAAAGAUAUGUAAGUUCAUAGGCUUCAAGAGUUUAAUAUGUUACCCUUGGUAGGGCCAUGCAUUCUUUCAGAUGUUGUGAACUGGCCAAAAAAACCAAAACCAAACAAAACCAAAACAAACAAACAAACAAACCCAACAAAACCAAACUAAAACACCUAUUAUAGAAACAAGAGCACCACACAUUAAGUCCAGACCACAAGCUAUGCAAUGAGAACAUAGCUGCCUCCCCCAGGUAGAUGCAGCUGUCAGCUAAGAAAUGAGGACAUGAGUUGCUUUAUACCACCAAGUCUUGAAGACCAGGAAUCUCUGUCUGGGGUGAUAUUUUAGCAGUACUAAUGUAGCUUGCUAUUCCUAGACAUAUUCCUAUUCCUAGCAGAAUUGGUUUGACCCCCUAUAAUAAAUAGGAUUAUAUUCUACAAAAUUAUUUUCUUUAAUUACUUUCACUAAAUUACAUGGUAGCAAUAAAAUUAUAUUGGCUAUUUUUUUGUUUGUUUUGGUUUUCAGGAUUUAUUUUAUGAAAAUAAAUCAUAAGAUAAGGAAAGUAAUCAGUCAGCCUUCAUUUUGUUUCUUUCCUCGUGGGAAGGAAGGUACAUUUCAAUGACAACAUUAUGUUUUCAUGUAAUCAUGAGUGUUUUCACAUUUACGGGUUUUGGUUUUGUUUGUGGUUGUUGGUUUGGGGUUUUUUUGUCAGACCUGAAAGACAAUAGAAAUGGCAUAUUAGAAAUAAAGAAAAAUAUAUCCAUGCUCAAUUGCAUAUAGGCAAGAGAAAAGCUUAUGAGUGAGUUAUCACAUUUAGUCAGGAGAUAUUUGUGUUUAAAGUCACCUUAUGUUUCUUUUUUUCUUAAAAAUUAUUGUAAAGGACUAUUUGCUAACAAACAUGCCUUUAUUUAUCCACACCAAAGCUGCAGAAACAACAAAACCAACAACAAUUUUUUUGACUAAUACACCGAAAUUGAGAACUUCGAAGAACAUAGCUCAACUUCCUGCAAAUUAUUUUUUCUCUGACUGCAUUCAACAUUUGGUUCACUUGAGACCUUCUUCAGGCUUAUAUUAUUAGAAACAUUAUUUUUUUUCAAUUAAAUUGAAUGUUUUAUCCCAAUUUAUUCUCUAAAUGCUCAUACAGUUCUUUUCCAUUCAUGUCUUUAAAGAGAAGUUCACUUCUUCAGAAAUUUGGUUGGUUAUGCUGAGUAGAUGAGACUCAUCUUUCAGUUUUUCCUUUUUUUUUCUUCUUUUUAAGGAAAAGGAGAAUACCUGUUCAGUGUAUGGAUCACUUGCUAUGGUUUAUUCAGACCUUAGCUUGCUUGCUAGGGCUGCAAGCAAUUUUAUCUGUCAGCAAAUGUAUACAUGUUGCUGUAAUGCACUUACUGUAUUAACAGUGUUUCUGUAAGAAAUCAGCUGUAAUAUCCCAUUUGAUGUUUUCAGUCUGCUUUGCUAUUUUAUCUGCCUAAACUUGAACUGUGGAUUAAAAUCUAAAGGAGAAAAAAUAAGUGUUGAAACUGAUCACAUCUAAUGCCUAGGCAUUUUUUCCCUGAAAAUAAGGCAAUUAAACACUUCUUCUCACUA